AUGGGACGAGCCGAGGUGUAUAGUGCGGGCACGCAGCUGGCACCGUCUGCGUCAGCGCAGAAUGGCCAGAGCUCUCAGCUGCAGCACUCUGAGUUUGGUCUGAGUCAGGACAACGAAUAUAGCUGGACGUCGCAGUACGACCAAAGUCAACUGAACGCCGACACGGAAGAAGAGAGUGCAAGCUACUUGACCGUGCUUUCGACGUACUGGUCGUACAUUGUAUUGAUCCUAUUCAGCCAUGUGCGUGAUUUCAUCGGCCGUCGCUUCUACCCGAAAGACUUUGAGCAUCUGCGGGAGAGCAACGGGUACGCCGCGCUGAAUUCGGACUUUGACAGCUUCUUUACGCGUCGACUCAAGCUGCGUAUUGACAACUGCUUUGAGCGCCCUGUGACGGGUGUGAAUGGCCGUACUGUCAUGACACUCGAGCGUUUGUCGAACGACUACAACCGCAACUUUUACUUGACGGGACGAAAGCGUCGUGCGUUGAACAUUAGUGCGUACAACUACCUGGGCUUUGCGCAGUCGCAUGGCGAGUGUGCUGACGUGGUCGACGAGGGCCUGGAUCUCUACGGUAUAUCGAGUGGCGGUACCCGUCUGGGCUCGGGUCUGCUGGAUCUGCAGGUCCAGGCGGAAAAGCUCGUGGCGCGGUUCCUGCGUCAGGAGGAUGCCAUGCUGAUCAGCAUGGGCUACGCCACGAACAGCACGACCAUCCCUGCGAUUGCUGGGCCCGGCACGCUGAUUAUCUCCGACGAACUGAACCACACGUCACUUCGUGCUGGUGUGCGCAUGAGCGGUGCCAGCAUUCGUACCUUCAAGCACGGGAAUAUGGAGGCGUUGGAAGCGGUGCUGCGUGAGUGCAUUAGUCAGGGACAGCCUCGUACGCAUCGCCCGUGGAAAAAGAUUGUGCUUCUUGUGGAAGGCCUUUACUCGAUGGAAGGCACGAUCGUCGACCUGCCGCGCGUGCUGGAUCUUAAAAAGCGGUACAAGUUUUACUUGUACAUCGACGAGGCGCACUCGAUCGGUGCCCUGGGCCCACGCGGUGGUGGUGUGUGUGAGUACUUUGGCAUCGAUCCGAACUUGGUCGACUUGCAUAUGGGCACGUUUACCAAGUCGUUCGGUGCUGUGGGUGGUUACAUUGCAGGACGGAAGGAACUGAUUGACCGCAUUCGCAUUAGCAACUAUUCCAACGUGUACGGUGAGACGAUGGCUCCGCCGGUACUCGUGCAGAUCAUGUCGACGAUUACUACGAUCAAGGGUCUGGGCAACGAUCCCAACGACCGAGCUCUGUUGCCGCCGUGGAUGCACUUUUCUGAAUCCUUCUUACGUGGUGUGGAGGGGCAGCAUCGUCUGGAGCGCUUGGCAUUCAACGCGCGGUACCUGAACCAUGGCCUGCGCAAGCUUGGCUUCAUUAUUUGGGGCAACCGUGACAGCCCAGUGAUUCCCCUGCUGCUUUUCCAGCCAGGAAAAAUGAUGCUCUUCUCGGAGUUUAUGCUACAUCGUGAGCUGGCUCUCCCACCAUCAGAACGCUGGCAGGUCGAGGACGAUGCAUGGAACUGUGCUAGCCUCGAACACGCCAAUGUGCCGCCAUCCAAAGCCGGUGAACCACCCCGCCGCCCACCGAUUGUUGUUGUCGUUGUCGCAUACCCCGCCACGCCCUUAAUCUCGACACGUGUUCGUUUCUGUGUAAGUGCUGCGCAUACCAAGCAAGACAUCGAUGAUGUGCUCAUGGCAUGUGACGAGAUCGGGGAUGCCAUCGGACUCAAAUACACAGACGGCGGCCCUGGUGGGCGCUGGUCUGUGGAGAAAAUUAUGAGCCAUGCCAAGGAGCUUGCGGCGUGGAACGGCACAGAUCCGUUCCCAGAACCGCAGACGUAG